GAUUGUUUGGAAGAAAAAGAGCAGACGGACGGACGGACAGGGAACGGGAGCUGACUGAGACCUGAAACUGCAGAUAGAAGGAAAGAAGCUGAAGAUGAAAACGUUCAUCGUUCUGGUUCUCUGCUCCCUGGCAGUCUAUAUGACUUCAGCUGCUGACCCUGACCCCCAGCCUGCUGCAGAUGCCCCGGCUCUGGAGGAAGGACUGUUUGUGGAGAAGGACGAGGCCUCCGCCGUGGUGAGGCAGAAGAGAGCUGCUGCAGAGCUGUCCCUGGCUCAGCUGGAGAGUCUGAAGGAAGUGUGUGAGGCCAACAUGGCUUGUGAACACAUGAUGGACACCAACGGGAUCAUCGCCGCCUACACUGCCUACUACGGACCAAUCCCCUAUUAGAAGCAACGAUCUGACUGCUCAGCAAAACGGUCCACACCUCAUGUUUAAGCUGUUUUCUUUCUUUCUUUUUUUUUUUUUUGUGGUUGGACUCAAUGGUGCUAAAUGUGUGAUAAUGGAAUAAGCUUGCAAAGAUUGAAUUGCUUUCUGCCUGUAGAUUAGUGUGAUAAAAUAAAAAAAAGAUUCUUUAAACUGAA